ACGUGAAGGAUACUCAGUGUUGCCCUGCCCGAUGUCCCCUCUUUCAAACACGUACUUUUAGGUUCAAGUUCGCGUCACAGAAUAAUUCGGAUCAUCUGCCAUAAAGUUAGUGACGCGAGGGUCCCGAGUGGGUCGAAAAGUGCCGUUUCACUCGUACUUUUCAACAAUGCUGACUUUAGAUGUCCCACUUGCGCUAAGUCACCGUUGUCGCGCGGCAGUACAGGCGGGAGUGUGGGCCAAGGGAGCGACUUUUUUAUCAAUCUCGACACCUCCAUUGGGAGGGAACGUGAGCCCUUUGCGUCCUCUGCCGCGCGACCGGCGCGUUUCCGUGUUUCCAGGGGCCAACAGGCUCUGCUUUGUGCGGUUUGUCCGCUGACCGCUCUAUGCAGACCGGUGCGUAACUAAGUUCGAGCAGCGGAGCUUUGUCACCAGACUGGACCGAACCGAAGGCGCUGCGGGAGCGGACUGCGCCAGAGCGCGACGCGUCAGGGCGGACUGGGCGUGUUUCCUCUGCGCCGUUUCUAACGGAAUCAGUGGCGCAGAGACAGACACCCCCCCAGUCCUCGGUCCUCAGAGCUCUGGCGGAUUCGGUGGAGGACGGACGUCACUCCGCGGCUGCUACUAUUAAAAAGACGCAUUCCUCUUGAACUCUAGAAUAGAGUUUAAACUUGCAUCGCUCUUCUUCGGGCACGUUCUCUCUACCACACGGCCGGCGGAGCUGCCUCGAGUGACUCUGAGAAACAAGAAGAGCGUACGACGCGCACUGUGUGACUGUAAAGCAGCCUCAGUACACCGGAGCUCUCUUCAUUUGUGCUCCCAGCAGAGCAGGACGAGCGUCAGUCGAGUGGAGGAGGAGGAAAGGCGCCGCCGCGAUGGCCGGUGGGGAUGCAGGGCCGAGCGGGCGAGAGGGCUCCGUGGCGAAGGGCCCGGCCCAGCCCGGCGGCGGGGACGCGUCGCCCGCUGCAGCAGACGCGCACACGAACGAGGAGAGAAGACUGGAUGCGCUGUCCGUGCUCUGGACGCUGGGGAAGUGUCUGGGUGCCGUGCUGCCCGUGUACCUGGCCGGGUACUACAGGGUGAGCACGAGCCUGGUGGCGUUCGGGCUCGUGGUGUACACGGGCUGGAGACACACCCGAGAUGCCAAGGAGGCUCGGCUGCGCGCCGCCAUGCGGUCGCUGGGCGCGGAGGAGGAUCACUCGGCCGCGCGCGGACUGUCUCGGGGCGCGCGGGACUCCCCCUCCUGGAUCGGUGUCCCUGACGUGGAGAAGGUUGAGUGGCUCAACAAGGUCCUACAGCAGGCCUGGCCGUUUGUAGGUCAGUACUUGGAGAAGCUGUUGGUGGAAACGAUUGCUCCCUCCAUCCGGGCCUCCAGCACCCACCUGCAGACUCUCAGCUUCACCAAGAUUGACAUGGGAAGCAAGGCUAUGAAGGUAGUUGGAAUAAAGGCUCACACUGAGAAUGACAAGGGACAGGUGUUACUAGAUGUCCACAUCAGCUAUGUUGGUGAUGUUGAAAUCAAUGUGGAGAUCAAGCGGUAUUUCUGCAAAGCAGGAGUAAAAGGAAUACAGCUCCACGGAAUGAUGAGGGUGAUCCUGGAGCCCCUUAUUGGAGAUGUUCCCAUUGUGGGAGCUGUGACCAUGUUCUUCAUUCGAAGACCUAAGCUAGACAUCAAUUGGACUGGACUCACAAACUUGCUGGACAUUCCUGGCCUGAACGUCAUGUCGGACACCAUGAUAAUGGAUGCUAUAGCCUCGUUUCUGGUGCUGCCCAACCGCCUUACUGUACCUCUGGUUCCCAACCUACCUGUGGCUCAGCUGCGAUGCCCACUCCCAAGGGGUGUUGUUCGUAUCCAUCUCCUGGAAGCAGAGAACCUUGCUGCUAAGGACAACUACGUGAAGGGCAUGAUUUCAGGCAUGUCAGACCCCUACACCAUCAUUCGAGUGGGACCCCAGACGUUCAAGUCCCACCACGUGGACAACAGCCUCAGUCCAAAGUGGGGAGAGAUGUAUGAGGUGAUUGUCCAUGAAGUACCUGGUCAGGAGUUGGAGGUGGAGGUGUAUGACAAAGACCCCGACCAGGAUGACUUCCUGGGGAGGACCAAGGUAGAUCUAGGUAUGGUGAAGAAAGCUCGAGUUUUAGAUGAGUGGUUCCCUCUGAAAGACACCAGCUCAGGUCGCGUUCACCUCAAGAUGGAGUGGCUGUGUCUACUGCCCAGUACUGAGCAGCUGGACCAGGUGAUUCAGAGAAACAAGAGUGUGGCAGCGUCCAGUAAAACCACAGACCCUCCCUCCGCGGCCAUCUUGGUUAUAUAUUUGGACCGUGCCGAAGCACUCCCGAUGAAGAAGGGCAACAAAGAGCCCAGUCCUAUGGUGCAGCUGUCCAUCCAGGAUGUCACUCGAGAAAGCCGGACAUGUUUUGGGACCACAAAUCCUGAAUGGGGAGAUGCCUUCACCUUCUUUAUUCAUGACCCUCGCCACAUGGAUAUUGAUAUUCAGGUGAAGGACAACGACCGGGUUCUUUCCCUGGGGAGUCUGUCCAUCCCCCUGUCCCGUCUGCUCACCAGCCCAGAUCUCAGCCUGGAUCAGUGGUUUCAGCUAGAAAACUCUGAAGCCUCCAGCCGCAUCUCACUCCAUGCGGUGCUGCGGGUCUUGUGGCUGGAUGAAGAAGGUGUUCUGAGGACCCCUCUGCCUUGGGACGCAGAGACCUUUGCUGAGGGACCGUGGUCUGGGCCUGGAAUGAAAGCCCAAAAAACCUCACCUAAUGCUAGCUUUGCCACUGAGGGAGUUCUGCGGAUCCAUCUUGUGGAGGCCCGGAACCUGAUAUCUAAGGAUAAACUCAUGGGUGGCAUUGUGAAGGGGAAGAGUGACCCUUACGUCAAGACACGGGUUGGGGGCAUGACUUUCCGCAGUAAUGUGAUUGAGGAGAAUCUCAAUCCCACCUGGAACGAACUCUAUGAGGUCGUUCUAACCCAGACUCCAGGUCAAGAGGUCCAGUUUGAGUUGUAUGACAAAGACAUAGAUUCAGAUGACUUCUUGGGGAGAUUUAAGGUGAACCUGAGUGACAUCAUCAGCACCCAGUACACUGAUCAGUGGUACACUUUGAAUGAAGUUAAGUCGGGAAGUGUUCAUGUGGUGAUGGAGUGGGUUCCCACGGUGCAGGACCCCUCCGUACUGGGGCAGGUCUUGCAGUUCCAGUCUCAGCAUAUGUAUAAGAAUAAGGCAGUGCCCUCUGCUGCCGUACUGUUUGUGUAUUUGGAGCGUGCCCACGCCCUGCCCCUGAAGAAGAGUGGAAAGGAACCUAUGGCUGGGGCAGAACUCAUACUCAGAGGCAGCACAUACAAGACCAAGGUGUGUGAUCGUUCCACUUCUCCCCAGUGGAACGAAGCCUUUUACUUCCCGGUUCAUAAUCCGAAAGAAGAUAUCCUGGUAGUGAAGCUCUCUCAUAAUUGGACUCAGUCUCUAGGUUCACUGUUUUUCCGGGUUAGAGAAUUGCUUUCAGAACCAGGCUUGGUACUUGACCAGUGGUUGAGUAUUGAUGGAGCUUCUGUUGAAAGUCAGAUUCUCCUGCGGGCUGAACUCAAGAUUCUUUGUUCAAGUACCAUAAAGUGUACUGGAGGAGAAGGAGAUUCAGGCAGUGCUCCUGACAGUCCUGCCCCUGGUGGGAGGGGUAAGACUGACAAUGUCACUCCAAAAACAGAGACCACAACUCAAGAGCUGCAAUACAGCGGCACAGCCGAUCAGGGGAGAAAGGAACAGAGCCUUGCUCAGGUAACAGACCCCUCCUUGUCAGGAGCAGGGGAAUAUAAGAAGGGAAUUGCUUCUGCUGUCGCAUCUAAGGAGGACAGGGCUGAAAAGAAACCCCUUCAAACAACCCCUAAUCCCAAUUUUGCAAAAGAGGGACUUUUGCGGAUUUACCUGGUGGAGGCACAAAACCUCGUUGCUAAGGACAACCUUGCGGGUGGCAUGGUAAAAGGGAAGAGUGACCCUUACGUCAAGAUACAGAUUGGUUCUGUGAAAUUGCAAAGUCAUGUUAUCAAGGAGAAUCUCAAUCCCACCUGGAAUGAACUUUUUGAGGUUGUUCUGUCCCAGCUGCCAGAACAGGAGGUCCAGUUUGAGCUGUAUGAUAAGGACAUGCAUUCAGAUGACUUCCUAGGGAGGUUUAAAGUCAGUCUGAGUGAUAUCAUCAGCUCCCAGUACAUAAAUAAGUGGUACACUCUAAAUGAUGUGAAGUCAGGCCGUGUUCACCUGCUGCUCGAGUGGGUGUCCACAGUGCAGGACCCUGUCAAACUGGAAGAGGUCCUGGAGUUCCAGUGCCAGCAUUCCUACCAGAAUAAGGUAGUGCCCUCUGCAGCCCUGCUCUUUGUGUAUUUGGACCGUGCCCAUGCCCUGCCGAUCAAAAAGAGUGGGAAGGAGCCAAAGGUGAGGGCAGACAUUGAACUUGGAGAAACCUCUUAUAAGACUAAGGUAUGUGACCGCUCCACUUCUCCGCAGUGGGAUGAGGCCUUCUACUUUCUGGUUCAUAACCCCAGAGAGGACAUUCUUAAAGUGAAGCUCUUUCACACUGGUGACCAGCCCACUGGCUCCUUGGUUCUGCCUGUCAGAGAACUGCUUGUAGAACCAGAUCUUGUACUGGACCGCUGGCUGAGUCUGGAUGGUGUCCCUCCUGAAAGCCAAAUUCUGCUGAGGGCUGAACUCAAGAUCUUGGAUUCAAAGAUUAACAAGGAAGGGGAUCAGAGAGGUCGGUUCUUUACUCCCGACAGUGCCUCUCCAGCUACAGAGGUUGAGCAAACUGUCACCUCACCCAGAGAGACAGUCAAUGUGCCCAGUCAGGAACUGAAACACAAAGCAGAAGUUAAAGAUGGAACUGAGGAGCAGAAAUCUGGCAAAGUUUCAGUCUCUCCUUCCCCCUCCCCUGCACCUGGAAAAUUCCAGAAGGCAAAAGCUGCUGAGGCACCCUCUGACCAAGUGAAUGUGGUUUCUGUCUCACCUGCAACGAGACCUCAUCAGACCUCACCUGACACUAGCUUUGCUACUGAGGGGGUAUUGCGGAUUCAUUUGGUGAAGGCACAGAACCUUGUUGCCAAGGACAACCUCAUGGGUGGCAUGGUGAAAGGGAAGAGUGACCCCUAUGUUAAGAUACAGACUGGUGCAGUGACGUUCCAGAGUCAUGUGAUCAAGGAGAAUCUCAAUCCCAUCUGGAAUGAACUGUAUGAGGUGGUUUUGAACCAUCAGCCAGGGCAGGAGGUCCAGUUUGAGUUGUAUGAUAAGGACAUGGAUUCAGAUGACUUCCUGGGGAGGUUUCAAGUCAGCCUGAGUGAGAUCAUCAGCUCCCAGUACAUUAAUAAGUGGUACACUCUGAAUGACGUGAAGUCAGGCCGUGUUCACCUGCUCCUCGAGUGGGUGUCCACAGUGCAGGACCCUGCCAAACUGGAGGAGGUCCUGAAGUUCCAGUGUCAGCAUUCCUACGAGAACAAGGCAGUACCCUCUGCAGCUGUGCUCUUUGUGUAUUUGGACCGUGCCGAUUCCCUCCCUUUAAAGAAGAGUGGCAAGGAGCCAAAGGUGGAGGCAGAAGUUGUGCUCGGAGGAACAUCCCACAAGACUAACGUUUGUGAUCGCUCAACAUCGCCAAAGUGGGAUGAGGCCUUUCAUUUCCUAGUUCAUAAACCCAGAGAGGACAUCCUCAAAGUGAAGCUCUUUCACACUGGUGACCAGCCCACUGGUUCCUUGAUUCUGCCUGUCAGGGAACUGCUUAAGGAACCAGAUCUUGUACUGGACCGCUGGCUGAGUCUGGAUGGUGUCCCUCCUGAAAGCCAAAUUCUACUGAGGGCUGAACUCAAGAUUUUGGAUUCAAAGAUUACCAAGGAAGGGGAUCAGAGAGCUCAGUUCACCAUUCCUGACAGCACUUCUGCUGAAGAGGUUGAGCAAACUGUCACUCCACCCAGACAGAAAAUCAGUGUUCCCACUCAGGAACUGAAACACAAAGCAGAACUUAAAGAUGAGGGUGAGGAGCAGGGUCCUGCCAAAGUCUCUGUCUCUCCUUCCCCUGCUGCUCCUGCAUCUAAGAAAGUCCAGGAUGAAGCAGCUGCUGAGGCUUCAUCUCAGACCUUGGAUUUAACAAGAAGAGAAGGUGGGGAUCAGAGACCCACUCCUGACAGCACCACUUCUGCUCUAGAGGUUGAGCAAACUGUCAUGCCACCCAAACACACGGUCACCUUGUCCAGUCAUGAACUGAAACACAACGUGGAGUCUGAAGAUGGGGCUGGGGAGCAGGAACCUGCUAAAGUCCCAGUCUCUUCUUCCCCAUCAUCUGCACCUGGGGUAGUCCAGAAGGAAGCAGUGAAUGUGGUUCCUAGCACACAGAAAUCUUCACCUGACCCCAGUUUUGCUACUGAGGGGCUUUUGCGGAUCCAUUUGGUGGAGGCUCAGGACCUUGUAGCAAUGGACAAGCUCAUGGGUGGCAUGGUGAAAGGGAAGAGUGACCCUUAUGUCAAGAUCCGUGUUGGGAACGUGAAGUUCCGUAGUCAUGUGAUCAAGGAGAAUCUCAAUCCCACUUGGAAUGAACUCUAUGAGGUGGUUCUGCCCCGUCUUCCAGAUCAGGAGGUCCAGUUUGAGUUGUAUGAUAAGGACCUGGAUUCAGAUGACUUCUUGGGCAGGUUUAAAGUUAAUUUGAGUGACAUCAUUGCAACCCAGUACAUUGAUAAGUGGUAUACUCUGAAUGAUAUAAAGUCGGGCCGUGUUCACCUGGUACUCGAGUGGGUGCCCACUGUGGAGGACCCUGCUAAACUAGGGCAGGUCAUGCAGUUACAGUCCCAGCAGUCCUAUGAGAACAAAGCAGUGCCCUCUGCUGCUCUGCUUUUUGUGUAUUUGGACCAUGCCUACGCACUGCCUAUGAAGAAGAGUGGAAAGGAGCCUAAAGUGGGGGCAGAGCUUGCGCUUGGAGGAAUGUCAUACAAGACAAAGGUUUGUGAUCGUUCCACUUCACCCCAGUGGAAUGAGGCAUUUUACUUCAAGGUUUAUAACCCCAAAGAAGAGAUGUUUAUCAUAAAGCUCUUUCAUACUGGUGACCAACCCACUGGUUCCCUGGUUCUCCCUGUCAGAGAACUGCUUAAGGAACCACAUCUUGUACUGGAUCGCUGGCUGAAUCUGGAUGGAGUUCCACCUGAAAGCCAAAUUCUGCUGAGGGCUGAACUCAAGAUUCUAUACUCAAGAAGAGCACAGUUUGCUGCUAGUCAGGGAGGUUCGACUAGCACUAAUAGUCCUUCUUCUGGAGUACCAUCCAGAAGUGGACAGGUCAAGCUCUCUAUAUCGUACCCCAAGGGUGAGAAUCGACUGGUCAUCAUUGUUCAUUCUUGCAGGGCACUGCCUGCCUGCUCUGAGCCCUAUGUGUCCUUCAUCCUGCUGCCAGAUAAACAUAAGGCCACCAAGAGGAAAACCAGUGUGAAGAAGAAAGACCUCAACCCAGACUUCAGUGAAAAGUUUGAGUUUAAUAUCACCAUGGAGGAGGCUUGCCAUAGGCAGCUGGAUUUGUCAGUGAAGAACAAUGUGUCCUUCAUGAGCCGGGAAAGAGAAAUUAUUGGCAAGGUACAGAUAGACCUUUCGCAUAUUGAUCUUGCAUCAGGAGUCACGCAGUGGUAUGAUUUGAAGGAAGAGACCAACUAAUUCAGCUAUAGCAAUCUUUUUCACUACGCACUCUCAAUCCUGUGUAUCUCAGCAAGCUAUAUCUGGUAUUGAAACAAUGUAAAAGCCCACUUCUCUGGAACAAUUUAUGGACAGGUUAAGGUAAAAUUAGUAAGAUAUUUUGAAUGUUUCCUUUUCACUUUUGCUCAUUUUACAUUACUUUAUAUUGUUAUUAAGUAAAUCCACAAUCAUACAUUUUCAAUUACAGUCACAGUAAGACACAAAUGUAAACCUGCUUUAACUUCAAUGUUUACAGUUAUAUUAAAGACUUUGGGCUGUUGGGGAAAUGAUGGUGACAGUGUCAAGUGUGUUUUUAAGAGGUGCUUACCUGGGUGUGUGUUGAUAAUUCUGUUUGUUUUGUAUUCAUGAAUACAAUCAUUGUGACACUGACACAAAAUACUGUAGAACAAGCUUAAGCAGCCCCAAAAGUACCCCUCUACUUUGUAAACAAACUCCUUGGCUUCCUGAGGGUAGAAUAGUUCUUAUGGGAAAAUUCACGUUUUUCUCAUAGUUUCCCUACUUCAGUAUUUAGCAGUGUUUUGCUCUUUUCCUUUGGAAAUCGAGGAAAUAACCUUAAUUAUUGUUUGAUAUACCACCAUGAAUAGGACAAAAAUGAAAAUUCCCAGAAACAAUUUAUAUAACCGUAUGUAAUAGCCAGGUAAAUUUUUGUACUGUACUGUAAUGUACUUUAUUUUUGUUGUUAUAACAUUAAUGUUGCUUGCACAGUGGCUUGCAGUACAGCAAGUACCUUGUACAAGGGUACUACAGCAGUGAUGGAAAUUAAAAUUGGAGCGGCAACACAGGACCGCGGUGUCCUUGGCCACAUUUACAUUUAUUUAUUCAUUUAGCAGACACUUUUCUCCAAAGCGAUGUAAAUCUCAUAG